CACAACGAGUUGUUACCGGACAACAGUAGGUAGGUAACGAAAAAUAAAACGAAUAACCGUAUUGGGAAUACCGUAGGUAGAGAGAGCGACAAGUUUAUAAUAGGAUGCAGGUAUAUAGAGUACGUGAAAUUGUUGUAAAAGUUUCAGUUGUCGUUAAGUUACCGAGUCGAAAUACAAGCACAACAAAGCAUAAACGUGAAAUAUGUUAACAGUGUUUGAAAGAAACGGUUCGUGAUGGUGACGACAUGGAAGGCGUCCGUCUCGGUUUCGGCUAAUCGAUAUUCUCAGCAUCCUCCACCUUGAUCAGUGAAAACUUGCUGAAGGGCAGUGACUUAUCAAUGAAUCGUACAAAUCAUGUACAAUAUUUUACUUCAAAAUACGGCACCUUGAAAUGUGGUCUAUGGAUGACUACUGAUCAUGUUUGAAAAAAGACCAUGGUCGAAAUUGUUGGUGCUUCUACUGUGCUUAUUAACAUGUAUUUUUAUAUGGCACGAAUUGGUAAGCUACCCAACAGGUAUCGCCCCAACCACGCCUACAGCCUACACCCUCUUCACGCAGGAUGACACAGGAUUCGCCGACAGAGUUUUACACUUACCUGAAAACGAUUACAGUCAACUAAUAGAUUUAAAUUUCAAUUUUACCAUGAUUAACUUCAUCUGCAACGAAACCAUCCCUUUGUUAUUAAUAUUGGUUCAUUCCUCGCCUAAUAAUUUUGCCAAAAGGAAAACUAUAAGGGAGACUUGGGGAAGGAACGACGAUAACGUCAAGGUGGUAUUUAUGGUAGGCAGCGUUAACUCGACUCAAUUGCAGAAACGCUUGGAAAUAGAAAAUCAGUUGCACAAAGAUUUCGCUCAGGGUAGUUUUAUAGAUACGUACAGAAAUCUGACGUACAAACACGUGAUGUCAUUGAAAUAUUUCAUCUAUCAUUGCCCGCAGGCCAAAUAUGUACUUAAGACUGACGAUGACGUAUUUGUAAACAUGCCAACUAUGAAAAAUUUUUUGAGAUACGAUCUAUCUCCCCAUGGUGCUAGCAACGGUUUGUUUUGUACGCCUAGAUACAACAGUUUAGUUUUAAGAUCGUACAGAUCGAAAUGGAGGGUGUCGUUUGCGGAAUAUCCGGAUAGAGUAUAUCCGACUUAUUGCCCGGGGUGGACUAUCUUGUAUACGCCAGACGUUGUGUUUGGGUUGUACAAGGAGGCUCAAAGAACCGAGUAUUUUUGGAUCGACGACAUACACCUCACGGGUACACUUACUCAGAAACUUAAUUUUACUCAUACCGAUAUCGAACCUUUAAUUUUAUCCAAGAAUAUCCUCAAUAGAAUCGUUUAUUAUUCUUAUAAUUAUUCUCAACCUUUUAUAUACGGAAGGGAAGAUUUAAUAGAAAAACAAAUUAGGGGAUUAUGGAAUUAUGUUACAACGCGCGAAGCGCCUAAAUAUAUAUUUAGAGAUAUUAUAACAAGAACUAAAUGAUUAUAUAUUUAUAAUAUAGUUAAAAUAUGCAUCACGAUAAAUAAGAACAGGUUUCCAAAAUUCAAAAAAAGAAAAAACAAAAAACGAUUUUCUUCCAAAGUUAUUGUUCUUCUUAAAGUGCCAUCGUUGUUUAUGGUCUCUUUGUGUUGCCAAUUUGGGUAAAACUUCUUCAUUUGCGACUCUAUCUGUUCAUGAAAUUCGUACUAUUCUUCUUAAUAUCCACAUUUCAAAUGCCUCCAGUUUAUUCAUUAUUGCCGCUUUGUUUGAAGUAGCUGCCUCCAUUCCGUACAGAAAAUUAUACUCAACCAUAAACUGGAAAGGUCGCAUUUAAAGAACUACUGCACGCGAUUUGAAAAAACCAACCAACACGCCUAAGCCCGAUCACGCCAUGUAAUCAUUAAGUUAAGACGUCACCUUUCUGUUAGUAUAAGUUUUGUGGAUUAUAAAUAACGGCAGCACCAUCAAGAAACUGUGAUGCACUGAUUCGAUAAAGCCGAAGUUGACGCAAUUGAUACAGAUGAAAUGGUAGAUCAGUAUUUGCUAUCCCAACAUGAUAGUGCCUCUGAAGUUUCAUAAAACGAGAAAGAGGACGCUGCUAGUGGAAACAAGUCCCAAAUCCGGAAAAAUUUUUUUGUUUUUCCAGUUUUUCUGAAAAUAAAUUCUAAACCGUUUGUUGCCCAAAAAUCGGACAGGUUUUGAUAACCCCAACGAAAAACAUCUGCUGCAUACAGUAAUCCUAAAAAUAACUUCAAUAAUAUCAGUUUUAUGCUCUCUAUAUACUUUUUUGCAUUUUCGUCAAUAAUACUCAAAAUAUCAUCUUGUCACGAAACCUCUGAAUACACGAAAAAUAUUGAUAAUCAUUCAAGAUAAAGCGAGAUUAAUAUCAGCAAAGUUUAUAAAAUUCAUUUUUACGAAUUUUGUGCUUGAUUACUUUUUUACCCCACUUUCCCCCAAAUUGUGAGCAAAAUAAUCCGGAUUCGCAUUCAGUGACCUUGAAAACAGAAUAAUAGUCAAUAAUACUCCGCGAUCACUUAUUGUUAAUUUUAAGUGACUCAAAUUACAUUGGAGCGAUUUGGAUAAGUCUUCGAAUAAAAAUUGGCUGUUUGCAGACGGUUCUUCUAUGUUCUGUCAUCCAUAAAUCAAUAUAGAAUAUAAUAACCUCAAAACUUUGUUGCAGUUGAACUUAAUGAAAUUCAUAACAUUAUCAUAAUAUUUAAAUAUCUAAAUAUAUCACGAAUAUAACUUAGAAAUUAUUAAAUAUUAAUUGGGCAUUUCUCUUUGUUCAGAAUAGAUUUCUAUUUGUUGAAAGAAAAGUCUGGGUACAAAACGAUCUAACAACAAUCCGAAAUUAGUUUGUGCGCAUGCGGAUUACUUCUACACUAAUAUAGUGUUAUUGUUGUAAUGUAAUAUUUAUAUUUAUUCUAUGGUACAAAUAACCGUAAAUAAGUAGAAACCACAAUAUGCAUAUUCGCCUUUAAACAAAAUGCUAUAAAUAAAAACACAUAAUAGUUUGAAAAGUUCAUGUGUUAUAAUUAAAUAUAACAUGAUCUCAUUAACAUUAUCACUUAAAACUGCUUGUUAAACAACGAACACAAUCUUAAGAUAAAUAAAUUUCUCAAUUAUCACCUUUUGAAACUUUGUGAAGAAAAUGAAAAACAAGUUUUGGAAACUUGCAUCUAGUUUAUAUUAAUAGUUAGUUAGGAAACUAAAAUACACUCAUAGCACUGAAAAACAAAUAUAGAAAUAUUGCAAGAUUACGUGAGAUCAAACUUUAGUAUAAGUAUUUGUAAGAUAUAUUUUAUGGAUAUAAGUGAUGUUAAGCAUGUUGGAUGUAAAUAAAAAAAUUGGCUAUACCAUUACAACCGUUAUAUGAAACAAAACUCACAUUGAUUUUAUGAAAAAAGUAGAUUUCUAAUUUAUUGAAUUAUUAAAUACUCUAGACGACACCAACUGGUUAGAUAUAAAGUUUAUACCAAAAAAAAACUGUAAAGAUACAGAAGGGAGGAAGAAUGGAAAUAGAAGCGUGAGAAAAUAAAAUUUUCGGAUUCGUAGAAUGUUAGAACAGCAUUCACGUCUCUUAACUAACUGACUAACUCCUCUAAUUAUUUUAUUAUAUGACCCCUCUUACAAUGGGUUCGUCGCGAUGUUGUCAGCUGGCACAAAAACUACUUAGGUACUUAAAGUUGAAAGAAUAGAGAUGGGAGAGAACGAAAAACGACAACCAAGACACAAAAUUAGCAAUUUUAAAAAAUUGGAAAAGUAUAAUUUCUUUCAAACAAAUAAGUAUAAAAUAAUAUGAACGGAUAAUAAAAUCAGUUAUUCAUUUGAUAAACUGCGAGUAAAUUAAGGUUAGCAACGAAAAGGUCGUGCUUCUUGAAACUUUCAUUUAUUUAAAUGUUACAUUAAAAUUAAAAUUAUACAAAGAAACAAUUAUUCUCCAUAAUAAAUGAAUUUAAUAAAUUCCUAAAUAAAUAAUGUAAAGAAAUAACGAGCGGAAUUAUUUUUGGAUUAUGGGGUAAUUAUUAAAAACAUUUGACCGGUAGUUAUAUACUGAUUCUAAAAAAAAACGGUUUUUUAACCUUUUACAACACUAUCAAAAUUUGGAAUAUUUUUUUCGUAAAAUUUAUCUGUUUCUGAUAUUUUCAAGCUUGUGGCUCGAAAAUGAAAAAAUUUUCAUAGAAAAGCUAUUGAUAAAUUGUGUCAAUUCGUUUAACGGUUGUUUAGGUGGCCAUACUGUAUUAUCACUAGUUUUUUAUCACAGCUAAAAAGCCUUAUAUGUAAUACUCCUUAUGUGAAAAAACGUCUCAACGUUAAGGUGCCGACAGUAUUCAUUUUCUCUCUCGUUGGAUACACUUUAUCUUUACUGCGCAUGCUUCAUGCGCGCAAAAGAUGCGCCGAACUAACUGAAGCGCCCGAAGGAGAGAGAGAGAGAGAGAGAACGAUACACUAUUUGUUUCCUUUUGUCGGAACACCUUCCACUUAUAGAAACUGUCCAUAUAGGAGUAUGUAUUACAAUUAUGAAAGAAGCUUUUUCAAAUUUUUUACACACGAUAUGUAUCAUAAUAGUUUGGCAGGUGUUUUUUGUCUAGAUUCUUUUCAUCCAUUAACAUGUUAGCAUCAAAUUAUAAAAAAUGAGCGAUUUAAGCAUAUAAAGGACUGUGUUAUGACGUAAUCUAAAUUAUGCAUAUCUGUGAUCAUUUUGUCUACGUAUAUUUAUAAUUUUAUGUUAUUUCGAUGUCAAAUUAAUGCCCAAUCAUUUUUAUGAUUUUAUAUUUUAAUUGAAUUUAAUCUGACAGUUAAUAUUUGAUUGACCUUCAUAGAAAAUUAGAAAAAAAAACUCUUUUGGGUAAACAAAAAGUGGCAUUCGAAAAUCUCAAAAACAUAAUUCUUUUUUAUUACCAGUUUAAACAGUUUAUGGUAAUAGUAAAUUGGUUUUUAUUGCUUUCAAUCUCUUUUACAUUUAUGUAAAUUCACUUAAAUCCCACUAAAGCUCUAUAUCAAUAUGUAUAUUUCACAAUCAUGAUAUCACGUUAUAAGAAAAUGAAAAAUAGAUCAGUUGAAAGUAGUUUAGACCUUCGUUUUAUUCCUCAUUGAAUGAUAAUAAAAAAUGCAGAAGAUUUUUCAUUAUUAAUAAGAACCACUCAGGGCCGGAUUAAGCCAGGGCCCCAUCAUUUGGACAUCAUUCUGUAUUUUUUUAUGUGUUGAUACCACAAAUCUAACGUAUUGAUAUUAUUUUGUGAAUUUUUCCGGGUUUCCGAAUUUCUUAAGGAGACCCCGUCAUUAUUUUAGCCCCGGGCCUUAUAAAUCUUAAUCCGGCCCUGUAACCACUAUAGGGUUAUAACCAUAUUCUGAGGUUUCAUAAAUAUAUAACUCAUUCAAAAUAUGUUAUAUGAUUAUUUGUUUGGACAGUUGGAUUUUCAUGUUUGUAUUUGUUUCUUAUUUCUUUGAACAGCCUUCCACUGUUCAAAGAUUUCUCAAUUCUUUCCUACUGUUGGAGGCAAUAGAAUAUCAUCAAGAACAUUACCCAUCUUACAUUGGUUACCUUCUCGUUAUUUAACAACAAUCUAAGUAACGUAAAGUUUGAACAACACCCGAAUUCAACUUUUCAUAGAAUGAGAAAAUUUUCUGUUACUUCUGGAAAAUUCUCUUGAAAAAACUUGAUACGUAUGAAACGAAUUUUCCAUUAUCCGGAACGUAGGAUACGGGAGAUUCAUUUUCCGUGUAUCCUACAACCUAACCUAACUUAUUCACUCAUUUCAUGGUGGGUGGGUGUUUGAAUAUUGAAUGUGAAUCAUGAGAUUUAGCACAAUUUUCGUCUGAUGUAUUUCUAGUUUAAAAAAAAAAACAAAAUAUUCAUUAGCAGUUAUUUGCAAGCAAAAUAAAUGCUUAUCGGUACAUUCACAGCGUCUUAAAAGUACAACUACAUAUUUGAGGUUUAGGAUAAUGACAGCAACCAUAAAGUUUAUUCUCAUAGGAAAUAAUUCAAGAUUGAUUACUAAGCAUAAUACAAACAGUUAUUAUAUAACAUUCUUCAUUUAUAAACAAUUAUCUAUGAUUAGUUCUAGAAAAUGGUAAUGGAAAGUUAAAUAAAAAACAUUCCACAUGUCGAGUUUGUGUUGUUUGUUCGUUUAUUAUUCAUGCACAUUAACGUGUUGCAUGAUCAAAAUAUUGAUCCAAUUUUAAGUGGGUUUCAACAUUAAAUCAACAUAUAAUUUGUGUGUCUUAAUGAAAGUAGGGUAAUUGUUAAACUUUUCAACAAAUAUUUUAGAAAGGGUUACAGAAAUUGAAGUAUCGCAAACAUUUAAUUUAACCACAAUUAUCUAUUAAAAUACGUACUACUGUAAGCAUUAAACCAUAAUAAUUGAUACACGUCAAAGUGUAAAUAACGAAUCACAUUUAAACAACUUUACCAUACUUUUGAAGCAGAAUGAAUAUUGCGGAACGAAUGAUAUUAAGUUGAUAUUACGUAUUAUAAAAAUGUCUAGGUUAGUUUUUACGUGUUCAUUGAAUCUUCUCGUACUUACAUACUUCAUUUUGACCAACAGAUAUGCAAAAUUGACUUAUAUAAAUGCAAAAGAUGUGAUAUAGUUGAUAUUGAAAUGAUCUUAUUUUAUUGUAAAAUAAUAAUAAAAAAGUGUAAGUAAAUUUUAUGUGUAUAUAUGUUGAUAAUAUUGGGAAUAUAAUGAAUUAAAAAUAUAUAUUGUUACUAUGACUCUUUUUAGGUCGCAGUGCAUAUAAAAACCCCUUAGAUAUUGUUACUAUAAGUUCUAUCACAUAAACAAGGUUUUAAAAAAAGUGCAGUGACGAAGCUAGACAUGGGGCAUCAUUCUAUCAAAAAUUCGCGAACUUUUGAACGAAUGAGGUAUCGCUAAAUGUUGCAAAUCUAAAACGAUGUGCUUUUUAGGGCACAGCAUGUAUUUUCUCUUAAAUGGAAUCAUGAGACCUUUUAAAUACCGCGAUUUUAGAACAAAAAAAGACUUCGGUGAUGCCCUUAUACUUUACACAGAUGUCAAAAAUUUAAAAGAAAGUUUUUUUGGAGUAUAGUGAGAAUUUUCUCUUUGUAACUACCCUUGUAACGACUUUUAAAUACUGAGUUUUUAAAACAAAAAGGGUCUCGGUUAUGCCACUAGACUUUACCUCAGACUAUUAACUAGUUUGAUCACUUUUAUAUUUGAAAUAAUUUGAAACAGUAUUUGUUUAGGACAUGGCAAGAUAUUCCUCUUAAGUGGUACUGCAAUACCUGUAUAACUAUUUUCAUCCUGCUAUUUUAUACUUGAAGAAAAAAGUUACACAUUUGAAAGAGUAUUCACUUAGGAUAUAGCAAUUAGUUCCUCUUAUUUGCGACAAUAAAGCCUCAAUCUUGGGAACAAAAAAAGUUGAUGUUAGCUCCCAUGUCUAUAUUAGUCCUUUCUAAAACGCCUUUGAAUAUGUGAUAUACAGUACUCAUUUUGUUCUUAAAAUGUAAACCGGAAAUUCAAUUAUCUGUGUAUUUUCACUAUAUUCAUAAAUGCUAUGAAACUGUUGACAGAAAUUUAAUUUGAAUAUUGGAAAUGAAGAUCCUUAUGAGUACUAGAUAUCCAAUGUUUUAUUUACUUUAUAAGGAACAUUUAUUUUCGAUUAGUUUCUAUAAUGACUGCAUGGUUUUAACAUCAUUAUUCAUUAUUUUUAUAUAAUAAACUUUUAUUUUUCUUUUCUAAGUAUGUAAUAAAUUUAACAAUGUCAAAUCUGUUCAUUCCAAACAAUAUUAAUUCUGAUAAAUAACCUCAGAAAUAUUCUUAUCUUAAUACUUACUGAUUUGUUUACAGUAGUGAAGGACAUCCCUUUUUUUGAGAAUUUUGCCUUAAAAUAAUUUGUAAAUUAAAUUGAUAUUUUUUUGUAAUUAAAACUUAUUCAACAAGAACUAUUAUAAGUAUUGUAUAUCACAUUUUUAUGUUAGAUAAACAUGUACAUAGAAUAGGUCUGAAUCAUAGUUUCUAUUUUGUUAAAAAUAAAUAAGUUAACUCGUCCAAGAUGAUUUGCAAUAUUUUUAUUUAUAAAAUAGAAACUAUGUGAGAAUAAUUGCACAAAUUUAAAUAUGAUAUAUAGAAAGAAAA